UAAAUAUGUUGUUGAGAUCAAAAGAGAAUAAUAUUCCGUCGCCGGACCCACUAUAUUUGAGCAAUUAGUUUAAAUACUGAGCUCAUUCAAGUCCCGUCUCUAAAGCUGCAGUAGAUUACAAUUUCUACCACAGAUUAAGAAUAGGUCUAUAUUGCGAGAGCUGAACCUGUUGUUACAGACUCGGGGUGUAAACAGUAAUCUGUGGUAAAACGUCAUUAUUGUUAUUUAAAACUUCGUUUGUGAUUUUGUAUUGAUUUUUCACAGCUUUACUCCGUGUUCUAGUUUUUCCAUGAAAAUUCAUUAAUUUAUAACUUAAACGCCCCAGUUGUGUUUGGAAAAAUGAGUGCCAUAGCACAACAAGAAAGUCUCAUUAAGGAGAGUUUAUUUCAUUUUAUUAAGAAAAACGUCCCAACAGCUAAUUUAAGUGUUAUAGAUGAUAUUGCUCUCUCCUACGUAAUUUCGAUUCUAGAAAUAGCAUCGCAGGACUCCUGUUUUGACGAAGAAGGUUUUAUAGAGUUCAUGUCAGCUUAUAUCCCAGAAUUUGAACAUAUUAACACGGAGGUUGUCUGUGCUUGGGUUUUGGAAUUAGAAGCUGAGAUCUCCCGCCGGGAUGAGUGUGACAGUAACUCUACUCAUGAUGAUUCAGCUGGGAGUGACAAAAUUAGUUUGACUCUACUUAAUCUAAGUGACAUGCUGCCUCCGAGCUCCAAGGCCAAUCGCUCACACUCAAACUCGGAAAGUUCUGAAACCGCGGAACGUCGUCCGGUUGAGCCCACAUAUAAUGAAGAAUACGCAGACCAAUGCCGAGUUCUCACUGAGAUGUUUCCCAACUCCUGUGCUAUGGAGAUAAAACACUGCAUUUCAAUCGCAUGUGGCGAUCCAGAACGAGCCGCCGCGACCAUUUUACACCGUCGCGAACAGGGACAGGCAUUAUCUGCUGCUGCCAUACAUUCCGCUGCUAAGCAACCACUGUGCGACGACCAUGAGAUCAAAAAUAGAAUCAUUGCUAGAUAUUCUUACGUAGACAAAGACGCAGAGACAAAAGAACACAAGCCGUUGGCUCCUAAAAUUGAGCCAAAGAAGAUGGUCCGAUACAGAGACAAUAAGAUUGUCUCUUUGAAGGGAGAAAGGUACACUGAGGUACCAAAAUCCGGCGACGACGAGGAAAACUUAAAGAAACCCAAAAAACAGCAUUGCCCUUAACCUUUAAAGCCACGUCAGUACAGUGAAAGAGCGGAGGCCACGCGCACUACCGCGAUAUUUCUCUCUCUCUUAGUCCCUUUCGUAAGCCCCCCUCGCGUGAAACUGACGCAAAACGCACUUUUACAUGUGACACUUAUGCCACAGUAUGUGGUACUUAGUUUAAUAUCAUUAUUGACAUUUAAUCGAAUUGUCAAAGUCAAAAUUGGAACACUCAAAGUCACAAUUGUGGCACUUUUAACUUUAAUGUAUUUAGCUCGUAGUCAAAAUGUAAUGCACGUUAGUAAAGCAUCACAACACGUGACUUGUCAAAUGGCAUUACAAAAUGAGAGCAUUUAUGCUAAAAGCGUAUACAACAGAACCUCAAUUAAAAGUUUUAAUCUUUUAAAUCUCGAGUUAGGUUAUAUAACAAUGUUACGCACAAAUGUGAGGAAACAGCGCACAAUGUGUGUGUGCCUCUUUUUGACACAAUUGUGUGUGUACGACGCAGAAUAUUUUAAUUCUUGUAAAAGCUUUAAGCACGUUUUGACGUGGGUUGUGAGAUUCGCAUUUAAAGUGCAAUACAUAACGCGUUCAUUAAACGUAAUGCGUUUUCGCGUCAUUUUCACGCGCCGUUUAGGGCGUUGGUGUCGUCUUAGUAUUAGAGUAGUGACCGCGCGUGCAUCGCACCGUUCGAGCGUUAAUACGUUUAUUUUAUCCGCUUUUUCAAGUACUGAUUUUACGCGUUUUGUUAAACGGCUCACACUUAAUUUAAGCGAUUUGUUUCAUGUUAAUUCUAAGCUCUCUAUAAGGCAGCUGUUUUGCAGUAUUAUUUAUUCUAUGGCAUCGUGUGUGAGGAAAAAUAUAGGUAAGGAAUUUUUGGUAUGUCUGUGGGAUGCUAUGGAUAAAUUGUCUUUGGUAGGAGCGCUAAAUUGUUGCUUUUUAUGUCGAAAGCAACAGUUUAGCUCGCCCAUACAUUUUGUAUUCCUUAUAGUUUUAAGUAUAGAGAUCUUUCUCAGACCUGUGAUUUUUAAAUAUUAUUUAAUUAUAAAUGUGAUUUUUAUGAUAGUUUUAUCGUUUUACUCAUCUGUGAUUUUGAUGCCAUUGUUUAGCCCUUUAAGUGGUGUUUUAAGUUUAAGUGAAAUGUUAAUUUAUUUAUGAUUUAAAUGCAAUUUAGCUUGUGUAUGUGUUAGUGAUUUUUGGCGGUAUUUUGUUCAGUUAGAAGAUCGUCAAACAGGGUGGAAAUUAGUGGUCCAAAUUACACGUGUGUGCCAAGCAAAAUACCAGUGUUUUAAAAUGAGGAUUUUAUCACUCUUACUUAUUAAAUACUUAUAUAUUUUACAGGUUUUUCUUAUACGGAAAAAAAUAUGACGUAGUUCAAUGCACUUAAUCUCAACAUAUAUAGGUUAUUUUGUUAUUGAAUAAUUAUUACUUAUUAAAAUAAAGAGUUGUGUUUAUUUUUUAUUUUUACAACUAAACAUUAAUAUUUGAACAAAUGAAUGUCAUGCUAGGUACACUCUUUAGAUAGCUAUUUAUAUGUCAAUUUUAUAAUUAGAUGAUUUAUAUAAUUACAUUAAAGGGAAAUCAUUUUAUGUCCACAACAUUUAAACAUGCGACAAAAUGUAACAAAACAAUAUUUAAGAACAUCAUUUUCUAUUGAUUUUUUUAUUUAUAUCGGCUUAACGCUUAAAAGUCACUAAUACAUAGUAAUGAAUUUUUAAUCUCAACGUAAAAUGAACCUCAGUUGUGGUCCAUAGAGAAUGGACCGAGUAAUUUACCUGUCAAUGUUGACAGCUACCUUUAUCUAUUAAAAUUAAGAAACUCAAGUACCAAGACUAACAAAUUAGUUGCGUGCACCACUGUUGUUUUUCCAUAUACGACUAAGAAUCUUAAUAUUUAUUAUACUUAAGUCUCAAAAUUGUUUGCCUCAAAAGUGCGUUUUUGAGCCCAUUCUCUAUGCCAUAAUUGAAAGGUUAUUAACUUAAUGCGGUUCUCAGGGUCCGAGUAAAAUAAUAAAAUCUAAUAAAGGUUAGUGGAAAAACAGUUGAGUAAAUGACCCUUAAAAAUGCGUGCAUACAAAACACACAUGUCACAAGUGAAACUUCUUUAUUAAUUAUUACUAAGGCAAAAGCCCCAAUAGAUGAUCAUGUACACCAGUAUAUGAUCAUUCUAUGUAUUUGUAUAUCUAAAUUCACACAGUUUACACACUGUACCUAUACGUGCUAAUGAUAAUAUAAAUAAAUAAAAAAUCUGCGUUUACUGCACAAGACGCUGUGUGACAGAAUCUUAAUUUCUAACUACUAAACGAAUUCGUCAACCAAUAGCCCGUAUUUUUUCUCGAUCUCCCUUACUCUUUCUUUUAAUUUUUCUACCUCAAUCUUUCUCACUAUAGCUCUCUCUCAACUCUCGCUCCAUGGCACUGUGCGUGGUGCGACGUUCACUCUAUCUCACUUUCUUUCUCAAUCAUUCUCGCUUGCUUCCUACUAUUGUUUCAAGCUACGUCCGCCCUGUGACACUCUCUCAAUCCCUGUCUCCCUUAUCUUCGACAAAAACGCUGCACACAUUCGUGACGCUAAUAUAUUGCGUUCCAUCCGUAAAAGAAUUACACUCCUAAAGAAGUUUCACUUCAAAAAUGUGUUGAAUUAAUUAGACAUUACUUUGAAUCGCAUAAGUUACAUACUAUGAGUAUUUCUCGAAUUAUUGAAUUAUUUAAAAUUUAGCCAAAGUUGGUGCUGAAUUAAUAUUGGAAUUGCCAAAAUUGUUAGGUAAUGCAUUUAUUUCUUGCCAUUUGUUGACGUGGUUAAUAUAACCGAUUGUUUUAAUUAAUGCAAGUCGCAUUCAAUGAUUCCAAUGUAACUUUCCAUUUAAUAUGUUUGUUAAGUUAUAAAUGAAUGUAAUGUGGGUGGAAUGUUUUGCGGAGUAUUUCGUUAUGAUCUGAUUUUAUGUUCACAUUAGAAAUUUGUCAAAACUUACUUCUAAUGAUGGGGUCAAUAUAAUUAAUAUAAACCUAAAAAAUAAUCUUAAUAGUAAAAAAGUUAUUGUCAUUAUUUAAAAAUCUAGAAAUUAUUUAUUACCCUCGUACUGUACAGUUUUGUCAAAUUAUAAAAUUAUAGCAACACUGAUCAAUUCGGCAAAGCCUCAAUAACAGACUAGUCAUUAUAAAUACAAUUUACAACAUACACUUCUCUAAAUAUGUCACGAGACUGAAUUAAUUUUAUUAAAUUUGUGGUGGUAAAGCCACAUCGAUCAAACCGCUAUAGGAAAAAUAAUCAGUGUUGCCAGUUUGCGUCAAAAUCACAGAUGAAAUAAAAGAAUUUAACCGCCGCAUUUACUUUAUAUUUAUAAUUUAUUUUUAUAAUUUUUUUGUGUAAGAUGCGAUGAGCGCGCCUUUGAUGUCAUAUCCAAUGUGGAAGAAAAUGUAUCAAUAAAUCUUUAACCCUU